GCAGCGCCCGCCAAAACCUCCCCACGAAGCACCCAGGUCCACCCGUCGCAGCACUGCGCAAGAGCCAGAGGCAGCAGAGCACCGCGCCGCGCAGCAGAGCAGAGUAGCCUAGCCACCCAUGGCGUCGCUCACCAUGAUGGCGUCCUUCUCCGCCGUGGCGGCGGCGGCCGCGCCCCCCGCGCGCCGCGGCGGCUUCGCGGCGGCCAGGGCCGCGAAGGUCGAGCGCUGCCAGGAGCCGGCCAGGCUGCAGGCGGCUGAGGAGGCGGAGGCCCGGCCCGCCGACGGGCGCCGCGCCGUGAUGCUCGCGGCGGCGGCGGCGGCCGUGGCGGCCUUCGGCGGGGCCGGCGUCGCGUCGGCGGAACCCAGGAAGGGGACCCCCGAGGCGAAGAAGAAGUACGCGACCAUCUGUGUCACCAUGCCCACCGCCAAGAUCUGCCACAACUGAGCAUCACGCGCACGUUACAGGGCGUGCGUGACGCUGGGGGCGGUAAAUAUAUGUACGGGUUUAUGGCUUGCCGAUUGAUUCGAGCUUAGCUGCAUGCGUGAGGCCGCUGCUGCCUGCUUGGCCGCCAUGGACGGUCUCAGAGCUGUAAUAUCAACUGCAAAUUAAAUUCGUGGUGAAACCGUCCUUGUUGCUUUGCAA